AUGGCGCUUUCGCGCAGCUUUCGCAUCCCCGAAGCUCUGGCCAUAUGUCAAAGUGUGCCACUCUCCGUAGAUAAGAGUAUUAUGAUACCACUAACAAAAAGAGCUAAGGCGCCUUUGCAUGCGCCCUUAAUAAAGUACCCUUUCCAUCCCACGAGUCAUCUUCUAACUUCUCGUGUGUCAGUUGCUAUCUGUGGUCUCUCAAUGCCAAUGCAGAUUCGUCUAGCUCACACUGAUGUCACCAACGUUCCUGACUUUACGGCUUAUCGAGUCAGUUCUACGAAGUCCCCUACUUCACGAGCUUCUGAGUCUUCUUUGCGGAGGAAAGCUUUCAGUUAUCUAUCGAUGUUCGUUGGCACUGUUUGUGCUGCGACUGCCACAAAAUAUUCCGCCAAGACCCUUAUCAUGCCGUUGGGUCCUUCGGCGAAAACAUUGGCGGAGGCUUCCACAGAGGUUAACCUCGCAUCUAUACCGGAGGGCAAAAAUCUGGUGGUAAAGUGGCGUAACAGGCCGCUGUUCGUACGUCAUAGAACAGCUGAAGAAAUCAGUCGAGAGCGUGCUGUUUCUCUGGACGAAUUGAGGGAUCCGGAACCGGAUGAGAAGCGUGUCCAACGUGACGAAUGGCUGGUUUGCGUGGGAGUGUGCACGCAUCUUGGGUGCGUUCCUAUAGCCAACGCUGGUGACUUCCCCGGUGGUUUCUACUGCCCAUGCCACGGAAGUCAUUAUGAUGCCUCUGGUCGGGCACGCAAAGGUCCUGCUCCGUUAAACCUCGAAAUUCCUCCUUACAAGUUCUUGGAUGACUCUACCAUUGUGGUCGGUUAA